GCUUGCAAAAACAGCUUACCCCAGUCUUAACCUUGGUUUACAUGCAGAAACAGAACUUGAACCCACGUCACAUAUACCAGAUGUACUUUCUACACAAAUUUCUGGUACAAGUUCACGUGUGAAUCGCAUAAGAGAACACAUUCAUCUCGACAUUGACCACUCUUGUAUCCAAAAGCAAAAACAUGUGGACCACACAUAUUCUCAAUCAAUGGGCAGCAACUCCCAGAUUCACCUGAACAUAUUAGAAUGUGUUCCCAAGAUUUCAUCUACUUCUGAAAUUGUUGAAAAACUGGAGGUUGACACUCGACAAAUUUCGAGAGAAGAAAGGGGACUCGAGAUAAGCGAAGCUGAUUUAAAUGAAGGGAAAUCUGAAGAAACAGAGCAAACAAUGACGGAUGAAGAAAUAUGUGAAGAGGUAGAAAAAGAGGAAAGCCUUACAGUAGUAAUAUUGGAGCCUCCAUCUACUGCUGCGAAAAUAAAACCAGAUACGGCGUUCAAUUGUAUCAAUACCUGUAUAACGUGGGCUGAAGAAAAUGGUGUAUCUGCCAAGGAUAUUAUAGACGAUUUUAAGAUGAAGCAAUUGAGAUAA